AUGGCGUCCGCGUUCCAGGAUACGUGGCAAACUGCGCUCGAUCUCGAAAGAGAGCUUUCGAAGAGCCUUGCCGAAAAGGAACCCACGUUUGCCGAAAUCUCCCAUCAUUUGUCGGAAUUUCGAUCCGCCUGUCAGAAUGCUAUCCUCCAGGACCUCGAUGCCGCCCGCUCCGUGGAUGUCGAAGGACGCCUAUGGGAUAGUCAUCUCAAGAUCAACAAUCGAUUCCGUAAAUUGCUGUCUCGCUUCCGUGAGGAAAACGGGAAGAAGAAAAAGCCAGUAGAAAAACGGAAGCUCGAGAAGCAUUACCUUGAAUUCAUCAAAUCCAGUCAGCGAUUCUAUCGAGGCUACAUACAACAACUGUCCUCCCAUGUUGGAGGGAUUCCGGAGCUGGAAAAAGUUGCCCGGAAGUUCAAUUUUGACAAUUUGUCGGCAGAGCCGCCCAUACAUGCUACGGAGGCCCUUAGAAAACGGAUCCUGCAAUCGUGCCAUGCGACAUUGAUUCGUCUGGGCGAUCUUUCCCGCUACCGCGAAACCGAGCUGGUCACGAAGGAACGCAAUUGGGGUCCCGCGAUCGGAUAUUACGACUUGGCUACCCUGAUCUAUCCAGCCUCUGGCGCAUCGCAUAACCAACUGGCAGUCAUUGCGUUAGCUGAUGGCAAUCAUCUUCGAGCAACUUAUCAUUUGUACAGGGCGUUAGCAGCCCAGGAGCCUCAUCCCUCAGCCAGGGGUAAUCUGGAGAUCGAGUUCAGAAAAGUCUUGAAUGCAUGGGCCAAGCGGGAAUUGAUUCGCCCCGAAGACGCUGGGAUUCCUGGCAGGGCAUUGGCUCCUUGGUUUGUGUAUCUCCAUGCGCAAUGUUACAAGGGUGUCGAUUUCCCCGAGCAUGACGAGCUGGAGAGCGAAGUGCUCAACCAACUUGCUGUUGACUUGAAGGAACGCUCGCUCGAAGGCACUUUGCAGAAGUUUGUUCUCAUCAACAUUAGUGCAGAGGAGUUUUCAAGGACACGCUCGAACGAAGAGUCUGUGUCAAAUGCGCGCGCCUUCUUCCAGCGGAUCAAUGUGAAGACCUUCUUUACUCUGCUCCAGAUUCUUCUUGCAGAAGUAGAACGAUUCGCGGUCGAAGACUCGGGCAACAAGGACGCGCAAACCGGUCCUGACAAGGUCACCGUAGUCGCCCGUCGGGUUCUUCCUGCACUACGCAAUUACAGCUCCUGGCUACUCACCGUCAGCAACCUGCUGGCGGCGCAUAAUCAAGAAAAAGACACUCCUUUGGCAGUUCAGAUUACGGAAUUCUGGAAGAUAUACGCCAAUACAUUGACCCUCCUGGCCUCGACUUUCGAUGUAGUGCACCUUCCUGAGAUCGACUAUCUGCUGGAGGAAGAUGAAGAAACUCUCGCCUUUGCACCCUUGAGCAAGGACACAACCUCCCGCAGAUAUCUGGAUGCCAGUGGUCAACAAAAGCCUCGAAUGAACGAUCCAGGCGUGGAACGUAAUCAUCCCAACAUGGAAAUGCUGUACCGAAUUCGCGAGUUUGUGAUCGAUGGCUUGGAUCUGGUAGUCAGCAAUAGAAUCCCCAUUGCCCUCGUCGACGACGAAGACAAGAAGACAUUCAUCUACAAGGAGGAAGAUCUCCCUUCGCAGUUUUUCGCAAGUCCCGCGGGGCACAACCAUACGCUAUCUUCUGCGAGCAUCGAACGCGAAGAUAUACAGCAAGCGAACCGUGAUCUUAAUCAUCCAGUCGAUACUCGAAGUGUUUAUGGUGGAUCGCAGUCGGCGUCGAUGACUGCCAAUAUGCACGGUAUAGUUGAAGGUGUGGAACGUUUGGUUGAUUCGGACACGUAUGAGAAUGCUCCGAGCAUGCCAGAGAGCCUGGCACUGCCUGCAAAUGGCAGUCGGCAGCGACCCUCAAGCCAAUAUUUCAAUCCGAGUACGGAGGCAAUCUUCCGCGAGGAUCUUCUUCCUCGGCAGACUCCAAUUGCCCCUCCAGGACUUGCACUGCCGAUGGCCAACACCUCAGCUCCUCUCGUCCGUGUCUCAUCAUCCCAGUCCUACACUCCUCGACCUGCGCUCCCAAGCAUCCCCAGCAUUUGGAACACGACCCUGUCCUCCAGCCUCGGUGCUGAUGCCCCAUCGCCUCGGACCCCUCCCGGCCUUGGACCUCAAUACUUGCCUCAUUCAUUGUCGGGAAGCAUUGGCAACGCGUCAAACCACCACACAUCUCAAGAGUCAAUCGCAAACGAGCUUAUGCUCCGCCAGAACCUGAUGAAUCAGGCCCAAGCCGCUCAGCUUCAGGGGUCCCUUCAGCACAAUCCCGGUCUCGGCUCGGUUCCUUCUUCCUGGCUACCCUCUUCCAGUCCAUCAAUCCAGGCCCAUCGACUUUCCGGCCUUGCGUGGGAUCGAGCACUUCUAGAUGCGGGCGUCCCUAGCGGAUCGAUGGCUCUUCCCAGCCAACCGUCAGCAUCAGCACCAAACCUGGGUUCCCCCAGUGGCCUGGUCAACUCUUCUUGGGCCAACGACGCCUUCCUUGCCAGUACGCUAUCCUCUGGUGCAGGUUACCCUAUUUCUUCUAGCUUCAACGGCAGUGCCCGCAAGGCGCCCGCGCCGUACGGAGCUAUUGGUCAAACCGCCCCACGCUAUGGUCACGGCGGCUGA